UUGGCUUUUGCUGUGGCAGGUAAAUCCCAUCUGGCCAUUGUCCAAAGAGUGAACAACGAAGGAGAAGGAGACCCAUUCUAUGAAGUUCUGGGCAUCGUCACGCUAGAGGACGUCAUUGAGGAAAUCAUCAAAUCUGAGAUUCUAGAUGAGACGGACUUGUACACUGACAACAAGACGAAAAAGAGGAUAGCUCACAGAGAGAGGAAACAGGACUUUUCCGCUUUCAAACCCACAGAUAAUGAGUUGAGCGUGAAAAUAUCACCACAGCUUCUUCUGGCCGCACUGCGUUUCCUGGCAACUGAGGUGGAGUCAUUCAGUACGACUCAAAUGUCAGAGAAAAUCCUCCUGCGCUUGCUGAAACAUCCUAACGUCAUCCAGGAGCUUAAAUAUGACGACAAGAACAAGAAAAUGUCAGAGCACUACCUCUUUCACCGCAACAAGCCUGUGGAUUACUUCAUCCUCCUCUUGCAGGGGAAGGUGGAGGUUGAGGCGGGAAAGGAGGGGAUGAAGUUUGAAGCUGGUGCCUUCUCUUAUUAUGGAGUGCUGGCUUUAACAUCUUCACCAGUUCCUCUCUCCUUGUCUCGAACCUUUGUGGUGAGCAGGGCAGAAUCACUGGCAGGAUCUCCAGAAAAUAAGUCACCUCCACGGCCGUUCGGACUCAACCACUCGGACUCCCUGAACAGGAGUGACCGGAUGGAGGCGGUCACUCCCACGCUGGGCAGCAGCAACAACCAGCUCAACUCCUUCCUGCAGGUCUACGUGCCAGACUAUUCAGUGAGAGCCGCCUCUGACCUGCUCUACAUCAAGGUGACCCGCCAGCAAUAUCAGAACGCCCUUAUGGCAUCUCGCAUGGACAAGACGCCCCAGUCCACAGACAGCGAGUUCACCAAGAUCGAGCUGACCUUCACAGAGCAUCAGGAUGGACCACUGGACGAGUCGGCCACUCUUUUAACCACCAACGCACACAAACCCAACCACACCGGUCACAACGACGGGGCGAUUUAACCACCCUCAGCAAAGAGAGAUGGCGAAAGAGCGCAAACGGCUCCGCUAGCCUCUCCCUUUCCACGUACUGAGCGAGAGGCCUUCUCGUACACUGGGCAGCUUCACUUCCUCUCAUCAUGGUCGAUUUCAAUGGGGAACGUACGCAAAGACUACAAUGUGAAGGGCCGCAUAUCCCACAAUGCAUGCACUAAUGACCUUAACACCUUUUGUAGGCAGCGGAUCAGUCAGGGACCACCACAUCAUUCUCGCUCGCUCAUUCGAUCGAGGACGGACACACUUGAAACACACACUUUCACGUCGAAGGAGCAAGGUGACGACCCACACCACACCUCGACCAGACACCAUACCAGAAGGACAAAGAAAUAACGGUGCCUUUAGACAGCGCUCGGUUACUGUCAACAAACGAGGCCCCCGAGGGCCCCCGGGCCACACGGAGCUCUCCUAAAUCUUCCAUUCGACCCAGGAAGCCUGAGCAGAUGCAGCCACAGAUGAGAUGUCAGCGACCGGGAGGCUUGUAAACACGGAGAAUCGAUGUCCCCAAGCCCUUCGAGAAAAGCCAGAAUACAUCUCAGCCUAUCAGAAGAGGCCUCACGACCAAAGACAUUUGGCAUAGACAGGAGAAAACAGGCGGCAUAACUGUGGGUCCUUCGCGAGAAUCCGUUACAAAAACAGCAGCCUCGGACACGACACGCAUAAGCAGGCGUUUGUCUGGACUGUGCCAAAUAACAGACAACGAUUUCUGCCCAGGUUAAUCCACGUCACGCGCAGAUGUGCUACGUACAGCGUUCGCAGUACAAAGAAAUCAAAUGUGUUUACAUAUGAGGGCCUUUUUC